AUGGCCUUUCGAGAACCAAUCCACAUUCUGGGAGCCGGAUCGAUCGGAGUUUGCUGGGCAGCCUUGAUCCGAUCAUCUCGUCCAACCUAUCCUGUCACGUUGCUGGCACGAAACAACAACGACAACAACAAUGCUACCACCAAUGAAAAAAAGAGCAACCAGAAUUCAGGUACAAGAGAUAUAUCUCUAAAGCGUCUGCAUCCCAAACCUAGUGUUGAAACGCUACAGGUGCCACAGCAUGUAAUUGGAUCGAAGAAUCAUCACAAGGAGGACCUUUUAGAACACAACGGGAUCCAUAACUUGUUGGUGACGACAAAAUCAUAUCAAGCCAAAGAAGCUGUGGAAAGUGUCUUGACAUAUCUGGAAAAGGAAACAUCUAAAAUCAUUAUCAUGUGCAAUGGAGCGCUCUCCGUAAAAGAGGACUUGGCAAAGUUUGAGAUUCCACUGGUAUUGGCCACCACGACUCAUGGGGCGUAUAUGGAAAACAACAAACAGGACGUUGUCCAUGCAGGAGUAGGCAAGACCUAUAUUGAAAACAGCAUGCCACAACUUGCAGAGCUAUGGGAUUCCGUCGGAAUGCGUUGCGAAUCGUUACCAACACACGAAAUGAAUGUGACGCUAUGGCAAAAGCUGGCUGCCAAUUGUGUCAUUAACCCUCUCACUGCAAUCUUUCGAUGCAACAAUGGCGAAUUGCUUUUGGAGCCUUCUUUUCCGCAACUGUUGCAUGAAAUUGUGGAUGAGCUUGUAACCGUUGCCAACCUCGAUUCUGAUUCGACUGCCGGCGGAGAGCCAAUCACAAAAGAAGCAUUGGUUGCUUUUGUGUAUGAGGUGAUCAGAGAUACGGAACACAAUCGAUCUUCAAUGUAUCAGGAUAUUGUAUUGAAGCAGCAAAAGUCAGAAAUCGAUCAUUUGAAUGGAUUUGUUGUGAAGAAGGGACGGGCGGCAGGAGUGGAAUGUUUGACCAACGAAGACAUUGUCGGCCGAAUCAAAGAUCUAGAAACUCGAAACAAGAAUGGACAUUGA